AUGGCUGCCAACGGUACGAACGGCUCCAACGGCGCCAAUGGCGAUGCCAGCGGCAUCAGCGGGUGGAAGCACUACAACGAGGGUACCUUCCUCUUCACCUCCGAGUCCGUCGGUGAGGGUCACCCCGACAAGAUCGCCGAUCAGGUUUCGGACUCUAUCCUCGAUGCCUGCCUGGCCGAGGACCCCCUCUCCAAGGUCGCUUGCGAGACUGCCACCAAGACCGGCAUGAUCAUGGUCUUCGGCGAGAUCACCACCAAGGCCAAGCUCGACUAUCAGAAGAUUGUCCGCAAGACCAUCAAGGACAUCGGCUACGAUGACUCCUCCAAGGGCUUCGACUACAAGACCUUGAACCUCCUCGUCGCCAUCGAGGAGCAGUCCCCCGAUAUCGCUCAGGGUCUUCACUUGGAUGACCGCCUCGAGAACCUCGGUGCUGGUGAUCAGGGUAUCAUGUUCGGUUAUGCCACCGACGAGACCCCCGAGCUCUUCCCCCUCACUCUCCUCUUCGCCCACCAGCUUAACGCUGCCAUGUCUGCCGCCCGCCGCGAUGGCUCUCUCCCCUGGCUCCGUCCCGACACCAAGACCCAGGUUACCAUUGAGUACAAGCACGACAACGGUGCCGUCGUCCCUCUCCGCGUCGACACUGUCGUCGUCUCUGCUCAGCACAGCGAAGACAUCACCACCGAGAAGCUCCGCAAGGAGAUCCUCGAGAAGAUCAUCAAGAAGACCAUCCCCGCCAAGUACCUUGAUGACAAGACCAUCUACCACAUCCAACCCUCUGGUCUCUUCAUCAUUGGUGGUCCCCAGGGUGAUGCCGGUCUCACUGGCCGCAAGAUUAUCGUCGACACCUACGGUGGCUGGGGUGCCCAUGGUGGUGGUGCCUUCUCCGGCAAGGACUUCUCCAAGGUCGACCGCUCCGCCGCCUACGUCGGCCGCUGGAUCGCCAAGUCCCUCGUCGCUGCCGGCCUCGCCCGCCGUGCUCUUGUCCAGCUCUCCUACGCCAUCGAUCAUCCGCAACAACUUCGACCUCCGCCCCGGUGUCAUUGUCAAGGAGCUCGACCUUGCCAAGCCCAUCUACCUCCAGACUGCCAAGAACGGCCACUUCGGCACCAACCAGAGCUUCACCUGGGAACAGCCCAAGGCUCUCAAGUUCUAAGUGGGAUAUAG